AUGAAGCCACUCGUGGAGAGAAGGCUGCAACAGCUAGUUUCGGCUGGUAUUAUUGAACCAGUCACAAAUUCAAUGGACUCAUCAUUCUGUUCAUCCAUGUUGGUCAUUCCGAAAGGAAAGGAGGAUUUCAGGCUUGUGAUAGAUCUUCGUGGACCCAACCAGUACAUCGUUAGAACUCCCUUUCCUAUGCCAACCUUAGAGAAAAUACUAGCAGAGUUAAACGGUGCAAAAUGGUUUUCGACGAUUGAUUUGUCGAAUGCGUUCUUCCAUGUCGAAUUACAUGAGAAUAGUCGACAUCUGACUAAUUUUUUCACCGAAGUAGGAAUGUUCCGCUGCGUUAGAUUGCCUUUCGGCCUAUGCAAUGCGCCAGAUAUUUUCCAAGAGGUGCUACAGAGGAAAAUAUUGGGAGAUAUUAAGAGUGUCCGAAACUAUCUCGAUGAUAUUAUUGUAUAUGGCGAGACCAAAGACGAACACGAUGCCAACUUGGCAGUAGUGAUGGACCGCCUAAAAGAACAUGGAGUCAAAAUCAAUCCAUCUAAGUGCGUGUUUGGUAGCUCAUCGGUAAAAUUUUUAGGCUUCACAGUAGCAGCCGACGGAUGGAAAAUAGAAGAUGAUAAACUGAAUGCAAUUAAAAAUUUUCGUCAACCAUCUUAUUGCUCUGAGGUGAAAAGUUUUUUGGGGUUGGUAACCUUCAUAGACCGUUUUUUGAUGAAUCGAGCUUCUAGGACAAAGUUCCUUCGUGCGUUAGCCAGUUCCGAAAAUUUUUACUGGACAGAAAAUGAGGAGGCCGAGUUCAGGGACCUACAGAAUAACGCUAUCAAUUCGAUUAGAACCCUGGGUUAUUACAGCCCGAAAGACAAAACAGAACUGUUCGUUGAUGCUUCAGCAACAGGUUUGGGAGCAAUCCUUGUGCAGUUCAAUGCCCAAGAGAUACCAAGAAUAAUAGCGUGUGCAUCGAAAGCGCUAACCGCAUCAGAGCAGAGGUAUCCGCAAACUCAUAGAGAAGCCCUGGCAGUCGUUUGGGGUGUUGAGCGGUUUACCUUUUAUUUGAUGAGUAGAUUUUUCACUAUCGGAACGGAUGCUGCAGCAAACGAGUUCAUAUUCGGCUCAGGUCAUCAUAUAGGAAAACGCGCGGUCUCUCGCGCCGAAGCAUGGGCGCUUCGUCUGCAGCCAUACGACUUUGUAGUGAGAAGAGUUACAGGAACAGAAAAUGUAGCUGACUCUCUUUCAAGAAUAAUUAAAUGUUCGCAUAACGAUGAACCUUUCGAGGAAGAGAACAGUAACCAUUUACUAUUCACUCUUGAUGCAGGCUGCAUGGAUUUGACCUUAAGCGAAAUUGAAACUCAUGCAGAACAAGAUGAAGAGAUACAACAAAUUUGUGAGGCAUUGGAUUGCGAUGUUUGGCUCCCAAGCUUAAGUAAAUACGAAUGUCAGAAAAAGAGUCUUCAUAAACUUGGAUCGAUGGUGUUUAAAGAUGACAAGAUCGUCUUACCCAAAUCGCUACGUAAGAAAGCAUUACUUUCUGCUCACGGAGGACAUGUGGGUGAAGUUUCAAUGAAAAGAAUCAUGCGAGAAUUUUUUUGGUGGCCUCGCAUUUCUAAAGAUGCUGAACUGUUUGUAAAGAACUGUCGUACCUGCACAAUGCUAUCAAGAAAAAAUCCACCUGUUCCGCUGUGUUCGCGGGAACUGCCGGAGAAACCAUGGGAAAUCCUACAGAUAGACUUCCUAUGCGUUCCAGGAUUCGGCUCGGGAGAAUUUUUAAUAGUAGUAGAUACGUACUCCCGCUUUCUUUCAGUCACCGAAAUCAGACAAACAGAUGCAGUCAGUACAAACGCGAUUUUGUGCGACAUUUUCAAACUCUGGGGCUGCCCUAGAAUAAUUCAGAGUGACAACGGACCGCCUUUCCAAAGUGCUAGUUUCUCUGAGUUUUGGGAGGACAAAGGCGUUCGGGUGCGAAAAUCCAUACCAUUUAGUCCGCAGUCAAAUGGGGCAGUGGAACGUCAAAACCAGGGAAUCAUAAAAGCCCUGGCCGCUUCUAAAAUAGAUGGAGUGAACUGGCGAAUGGCACUACAGCAGGUGGAAAUUUCGAGGAACGUUUCCCAGCCUCUGGACAUUCGAGUGGGAGACAGUGUACUAUUAUACACAAACCCAAAAACUAAGACAGAUCCAAUGUUUUCGGCUGAGCGUUUCACGGUGGUGGCGAGGCACGGGGCCAAGGUUGUCGUUAUGAGUAGAAACGGAAUCCAAUAUUCGCGCAACGUCCAAGACGUCAAAAGAGCACCCUUUGAAGAAGAAAGAGAAACUACGGUCAACCUUGAUAGUCACGAUAUUACGGAAGAGCUACAUUGCGAAAUUGAUAUCGGAGAAAACCAGGCUCCCUUACCGCAAAUAUUAGAGCAGCCCAUUCGAGACAACGAUUAUAAUUGUAUUGAACGAACAUUACGUCGUCGAGAAGGCAUUCGAAAGCCAGCACGGUACGACGAUGAGUAUGUUUAUGGUGUUUUAAAGUAA